AAAGCCAGGUUGGACGUGCUAGAGGCGAGCCGGGAUCUGGUAGUAGUCCGCUUAGCGCUAUUCGCGCCACAGUCGUCGGCACACACUCCACUCCUGACUGGUUCGACCUCUCCCCCGCCGCACGCCACGCUCUUUCCCCAUAUCGCUUGCUCUCUUCCCCCUCCCCUCCUAGCCUUCGCUCUCGUUCACCCUCUCCCUCGCAGCCCCACGGGUCUUCGCCUGACUGCCUGACGACGCUGCUCUCUCGGGCAUUUCGGCGGAAACCGACGUCGUGUGAAGACACGUAUUUGCAGUCUCGCUACGCGUACACGCCGUCGCCGUCGUCGCUGCCGCCGCCAACGCCGCCGCCGCUCUUUCGUACUUCACCGAGUUCAGUUCGAGUCGCGAAGUCGAGCUAUUUGGAUUAUUGACGCGUACGUCGCAUCUUCGAUUCAACCAACCAUGAGCACCAAGGAAAAUAACGAGGUCGCUGUCGAGAAGGUGACAGAGAACGACAAGGCAUCCGCGGACGCGAAAUGCGAUAUCAAGGGGAUUAAGAGGCCAGCCGAGGAGAAGAAUGAAGAAACAAAGAAACAGAAAAAGGAGGAGAACGGAGAUGGCGAGGUAGAGGAAGAAGAAAUUGAGGAAGAAAUCGAAGAGGAAGAGGAAGUAGAUGGUGAUGGAGAGGAAGAUGACGAUGAUGACGACAUACCAGAAGGUGAAGAAGAUUUAGAAGAAGGAGAAGACGAAGAGGAUGAUGACGCGGAAGGUGAAGUAGAAGGUGAGGUAGAAGACGAUGAAGACGACGCAUAAUGAAAAAAGGGAAAACAUUAUGCAAUUAAGAAGGGAGGCGUUAGGCACGUGACGACAUCAUGGUCGAUUUUUGGCAAACUCAGCAAACUUACUCUCAUAUUGAGUGGUUGGUAACAAUGUUGAUAUCCAUCGUGCCCAAUCCGUGUUAUUGGAUCCUCUCUAUCUUCCGACCUACAAGUAAAAAUUACCACCUCACCAGAAUUGUGGUGGGCUGACGCAUUAGAUGCAAUUCUCUACUUGUCUUGGCUUUUCGCAAUUCUGGUUUAGCCGUCACCAAAUGCUAUUAGGUAGUUUGAAUGAUAACUGUAUAUUCGUCCUGAGGAUUCGAUGAGUUGAUCUUAUUUGCUGUCUAAAUUCUUAUUUCCAUCGCGAUCGAUCGUUCUAUCGUUCAUGUGCACGAUUUUCAAGACGAAUCUACCGUUUUAUCCGAACCACCUACUAACUGGUAUUUGCCGUCAUCUGGCUUUUUUCGUCGGGACAAUUAAUAACAAAACUUAUUUAAGAUAUAAAAAAAAACUUAUAUUUAAAUAGUGUAAAAUUGAUAUUUGAAGGUGAUGAUUUUUUUACAUUUAAAAUCAAAUUUACGUUUGUAGUUCGACGAAUGUCUCUCACCUUGUGCGUGUGAUAUGUUGAGUUCUUCUUCUCGAAUAGAAAUGUGUAAUUGCAGUGUCUUCACAGGAGCGCGAGGCCAUCGAGCAGAAUUAAGCGAUUCAUACGUAACAUAUACGGCAAAUAAAUAAAGUAAAUAGGCAUGAAUGGACAUCUCUCGGCAUUCAAUGUAUACUAAAAUGAGAGAAAUCUUAAAAAUAGACGUAACACCGCUUCGUGCUCCUGUUUGGUAUAGAGACAGGAAUUAAGGUAAAUGCAACGCUCGCGUCAAGUAAUAUGGAUGAAUAACAUGUGACUUUAAUAUUGCAUAAUAAUUA